AGUCUGCGCGAGCGCGGCGCCGUUGACGCAUGCGUGCUGGCGUGGGGCGAGGUGGAUGGCUUCCGCAGCUUCCCAGGUCGCGUCCCCAGACUCCUGGCACCGACCCCGGCGCGCCGGGGGCCUGGAAGACCGACCCGCGAGGCGCGUUCCGGGAGGGCGCCCUGAACGGGGCUACCGGAGGAAAGGGGCCUCCCGUAGAGGGGCCCUGGAAACGUUCGCAGGCUGCCUCCGUUUGCAGGUCCAUCUCGUGCACCGCUUAGAACACAGUUUGUAAAGGAGGAAGCUGGUGUGAACAGGGUAAGGGACGUAUCCAAGGUCGUCCAGCCCAGGAACCGUCGGACGGGGCGGAGGCCGGACGUUUAGGAGUCUUCCAGAGGGUCCUCCCAGCAGCAGCUGAACAGGUGAGGCGGGGGCGGGGUCCUAAGACCUCCGCCUAGCAAACCUCCAGAAGGCCCUGAGAAAGGCACAGAGGACACCGAAGCAACAGCAGGGCGUGGGCCACGAGCUCAGAGCUGCUGUCGGGUACCCGGCUGUGAAGAGAGUGGGCUCGAGGAGCGUUAGGCCAUGCUGUUGCUGGCUCAGGCACCCAAGGCUUGGCACAGGCUCUUUCAGCUCAAGCCUCCAGCCCUCCCUAGGACCCCAGGAGGAGAGGCCCAGCACGUGAGGUACCGGCUCCUAUCAAGGCAGGGCCCUGCAGAGAUGGGAAGGCAGGACCAGCCCCAGGGCCCUGGGCUACGAACUAGGUUGCUGAUCACAGCCUUGAUUGGGGCUGGGCUGGGCGGGGUCUGGCUGGCCAUGAGGGCCGAGAAGGAGCAGCGGCAGCAGCGACGACGGACAGAGGCCCUGCGCCAGGCUGCCGUGGGCCAGGGUGACUUCAGCCUGCUGGAUCACCGGGGCCAGGCUCGCUGCAAAGCCGAUUUCCGGGGCAAGUGGGUGCUGAUGUACUUUGGCUUCACUCACUGCCCGGACAUCUGCCCUGAGGAACUGGAGAAGCUGGUGCAGGUGGUCCGGCAGCUGGAGGCGGAGCCUGCCCUGCCCCCCGUGCAGCCCAUCUUCAUUACCGUGGACCCCGAGCGGGAUGACGUGGCGGCCAUGGCCCGCUAUGUGCAGGACUUCCACCCCAGGCUGCUGGGCCUGACCGGCUCUGCUGAGCAGGUUGCCCAGGUGAGCCGCAGCUACCGCGUGUACUACAGCGCCGGCCCCAAGGACGAGGACCAGGAUUACAUCGUGGACCAUUCCAUCGCCAUCUACCUGCUCAGCCCUGACGGCCUCUUCACAGACUACUACGGCAGGGCCAGGUCGGCCGAGCAGGUCGCAGACAGCGUGCGGCGCCACAUGGCUGCCUUCCGCAGCGUCUUGCACUGAGCUGGGUCAUUAAAAGGAUGUG